GGGAAGCGCCAGACGUGAUUGAUUGGAGAUUACUACACAAAAGCGGCGCGGUUCUUUGAGCGAGCCAUGACUACCACGGAGGAGAAUUUGGUGAGGGAGCUACAUAUUGGAGCAAUCGAAUGGCUGAUUACCUUGGAGAACGGAUGCAGAUGGCUACGGGAGAUUGUGAGGGACAUGUCUUUACGGCUGCAAAUGGAGCCAGAGGUCGAAGGGGGAGCGAUCUCUCUGGCCGGUUGGAUGAAGGACAAAAGUGAGGACAUGCUGGCGAUCAUCUGGGAGCUGGAGGAGGGGCCGGAUCCUUGGCUUGACGUCAGCAUCGAUUGGAGGAGGGCAGAUGGCAUCAUGUCCAUCUGCAAAACCCUCUUCAAUUGGGGUCGUGAUCUGUACGCUCUUCUGGAACACCGGUUGGAGGGCGUUAUUGAUCGUGAGGACACGCACGUGGCAACAGAGGUAACAGCGCUCAACAACAACAGUGGCGAAAACAUCAUCAACAACAAUAACAACAACAACAACAAUAAUAUCAACAGCAACGACGACGACGGCGGCAUUGACGGCUACGGAUGCAGAGGGGAUGACAGCGGUGCCUGGGCAGAUGUGAUCAUCAUCGACAUAAUGGGGGAGAUGCUGCAUGUGGACGAAGGGGAGAUUGGGGUUGGUACGGAAAAGGGGCUUGUUAUCUCCCCCCACCCCCUCAACGAUGAGGACGACGACGACAACAACAACAACAAUAUCAAUGACGACGACGACGACGGCGGCCACCACCAAGGGAGCAGCGGGGUAGGAAGCGGCAUCCGGUUAUCUGUGAUUGUCAUCAGCGUGAAGGGAUUGAUGCCGCAAGUGGACGGGGUGGGACAGGGGCUUGAUAUAAAGAAGAGGUUUACUGCUUUCUCUCCCUCCAACCUCGAUACGGUGUUCCUCCUCGUGGUUUGGCAGAGGGUAGGGAUAGGAGUAGGAUAACUGGGGGUGACUGAUGUUGCCCGGCCUGCAAUACCAAUCGCCAACGGGGGGCUGAUCGUCUUGCAUUGCCUCCUGCUA